CCUCUCUGAGUUAGGAUUCUUCUUCCUUUUUUUUUUUUAUUUUUCUUAAUUUCCUUUCUUUGGGGGUGAGAUGCCAGUAUGAAAACCCAGUAUGGAAAGCAGGUUAAGGAAGGAAAGAGUUAAUUGCUUUUAAGGCCCUGCAAUAGAGAAUUAUGGUUUGAAAGAUAGAGGCUGGACAGCUGGCUUUGCUGGGGUAUUUUUAAAUGCAUUAAUGCAGGCUCCAAUCACUCGGCCAUGCUUGACCUAUUUUUGGCUCAGGCCGACCAUUGUUCUAUUUCUGUGCCUGUGGGCCAUGCUGUUGUUGAUUCAUAUGCAAAUAGAUUAUCACUAGCUUUAGCCAACUUGAGCUGAGAGAGACGGAGAAAGGGAAGGGAGAGACACCGACAGAUAGGACACCCUGCGGAGCCAGCCGCUGGCAGGGUGAGGAUCCCUCCUUGAAACCCUAGCAAUCCAGGCAGCUAGACACCAGGUUUUACUUGUUUUUUUCCUUCCUUCCUCCACCCCCGUGGGUAGAGUUAAUAUUUUUCUACUUAUUCUUACAAAGAAAUAACCCCGAAGCACGUUCCUGUUGCCCACCUGCUUUUAGUUUCCAGGAUAACUAAAACUCCAGCGAGCUAGAGCAUCCAGGCGGCUUUCUGCCUUGCACACAGAUGGAGUGGCCGGAAGAGAGCAGCUCCUGGCUCAGCAAAGAAUGCACAGUAUGAUCAGCUCAGUGGAUGUGAAGUCCGAGGUUCCGAUGGGCCUGGAGCCCAUCUCACCUUUAGACCUAAGGACAGACCUGAGGAUGAUGAUGCCCGUGGUGGAUCCUGUGGUGCGUGAGAAGCAGCUGCAGCAAGAGCUGCUUCUUAUCCAACAGCAGCAGCACAUCCAGAAGCAGCUCCUGAUAGCGGAGUUUCAGAAGCAGCAUGAGAACCUGACCCGGCAGCAUCAGGCUCAACUUCAGGAGCACAUCAAGUUGCAACAGGAACUUCUAGCCAUAAAACAACAGCAAGAACUCCUAGAAAAGGAGCAGAAACUGGAGCAGCAGAGGCAAGACCAGGAAGUAGAGAGGCACCGCAGAGAGCAGCAGCUUCCUCCUCUCAGAGGCAAAGACAGAGGACGGGAAAGUAAGAGGCACCAGGGGGCGGCGGCAAGCACAGAGGUAAAGCAGAAGCUUCAAGAAUUCCUGUUGAGUAAAUCAGCCACGAAGGACACUCCGAGCAGUGGAAAGAAUCAUUCCGUGAGCCGCCAUCCCAAGCUCUGGUACACGGCUGCUCACCACACAUCGCUGGAUCAAAGCUCUCCACCUCUUAGUGGAACGUCUCCAUCCUACAAGUACACAUUACCAGGAGCCCAAGAUGCCAAGGACGAUUUCCCCUUGAGAAAAACUGCCUCAGAGCCCAACUUGAAGGUGCGGUCCAGGUUAAAACAGAAAGUGGCAGAGAGGAGAAGCAGCCCCUUACUCAGGCGGAAGGAUGGAAAUGUUGUCACUUCAUUCAAGAAGCGAGUGUUUGAGGUGACAGAAUCUUCAGUCAGUAGCAGCUCUCCAGGGUCCGGGCCCAGUUCGCCAAACAAUGGGCCCACUGGGAAUGUCCCCGAAAACGAGGCUUCAGCUUUACCUCCCACGCCUCAUCCUGAGCACCUGGUUCCACAGCAACGCAUCCUACUUCAUGAAGACUCAAUGAACCUGCUCAGUCUCUACACCUCCCCCUCCCUGCCCAAUAUCACACUUGGACUUCCAGCCAUGCCCUCAGCACUCAAUGCUUCUAACUCAUUCAAAGAAAAGCAGAAGUCUGAAACACAGAUGCUCAGGCAAGGCGUGUCUCUGUCUGGCCAGUAUGGCGGUGGCAUUGCCGCAUCCUCCACCCAUGCUCAUGCGGCCAUGGAGGGAAAGCCCAGCAGCAGCCACCAGGCGCUCCUGCAGCACCUGCUCUUGAAGGAACAAAUGCGACAGCAAAAGCUUCUUGUGGCGGGUGGAGUUCCCUUACACCCUCAGUCUCCUUUGGCAACAAAAGAAAGAAUUUCACCAGGUAUUAGAGGUACCCACAAAUUGCCCCGUCACCGACCCCUGAAUCGAACCCAGUCUGCGCCUUUGCCUCAGAGCACACUGGCUCAGCUGGUCAUCCAGCAGCAACACCAGCAGUUCCUGGAGAAGCAGAAACAGUACCAGCAGCAGAUCCACGUGAACAAACUGCUUUCGAAAUCUAUUGAACAACUGAAGCAACCAGGCAGCCACCUUGAGGAAGCAGAGGAGGAACUUCAAGGGGACCAGGCCAUGGAAGACAGAGCAACCGCUAGCGACAACAGCUCUGGGAGCAACAGCAGUGCUGGUGUGGAUGACACAUUGGGACAAGUUGGGGCUGUGAAGAUCAAGGAGGAACCAGUGGACAGUGACGAAGACGCUCACAUACAGGAAAUGGAGUGUGGGGAGCAGGCUGCUUUUAUGCAACAGCCACCCUUGCUGGAGUCCUCGCACACACGGGGACUUUCGGUGCACCAGGCUCGGCUAUCUGCAGUGGCCACCGACGGAUUAGAGAGUCACCAACUGAUCUCCAGGACCCAUUCUUCCCCGGCGGGCUCCGUGUCACCUCACCCAGCAGCAGACUGUCCCCGCCAGCCUGCCUCUACCACUGGCAUUGCCUACGACCCUCUGAUGCUGAAACACCAGUGUAUCUGUGGCAAUUCCAUCACCCACCCAGAGCACGCUGGGCGGAUACAGAGCAUCUGGUCACGGCUGCAAGAAACUGGGCUGCUAAAUAAAUGUGAGCGGAUUCAAGGUCGGAAAGCCAGCCUGGAGGAAAUACAGCUCGUUCAUUCUGAACAUCACUGUCUGUUGUACGGCACCAGCCCCCUGGACGGGCAGAAGCUGGACUCCAGGACACAUCUAGGUGAUGAUUCUCGAAAGUUCUUUUCCUCCUUGCCUUGUGGUGGACUUGGGGUGGACAGUGACACCAUUUGGAACGAGCUGCACUCGUCCGGUGCUGCACGCAUGGCUGUUGGCUGUGUCAUUGAGCUGGCUUCCAGAGUGGCCUCAGGAGAGCUGAAGAAUGGGUUUGCUGUUGUGAGACCCCCAGGCCAUCAUGCUGAAGAGUCUGCAGCCAUGGGGUUCUGCUUUUUUAAUUCAGUUGCAAUUACCGCCAAAUACUUGAGAGACCAACUAAAUAUAAACAAGAUAUUGAUUGUAGAUCUGGAUGUUCACCAUGGAAACGGUACACAGCAGGCCUUUUAUGCUGACCCCAGCGUCCUGUACAUUUCGCUCCAUCGCUAUGAUGAAGGGAACUUUUUCCCCGGCAGUGGAGCCCCGAAUGAGGUUGGAAUAGGCCAGGGAGAAGGCUACAACAUAAACAUUGCCUGGACGGGUGGCCUUGACCCCCCCAUGGGAGAUGUUGAGUACCUUGAAGCAUUCAGGACUGUGGUGAUGCCUGUGGCCAAAGAGUUUGAUCCAGACAUGGUCCUGGUCUCUGCCGGAUUUGAUGCACUGGAAGGACACAUCCCUCCCCUAGGUGGUUACAAAGUGACAGCAAAAUGCUUUGGUCAUUUGACGAAGCAGUUGAUGACACUGGCUGGUGGGCGUGUGGCAUUGGCUCUAGAAGGAGGACAUGAUCUGACAGCCAUCUGUGAUGCGUCUGAAGCCUGCACAAAUGCCCUUCUAGGAAAUGAGCUGGGGCCUCUUGAGGAAGAUGUCCUCCACCAGACCCUGAAUACAAAUGCUGCCGCUUCUUUACAGAGGGUCACCGAAAUCCAAAGCAAGUACUGGAAGUCGAUCAAGAUGGUAGCUGUUGCGAGGGGCUGUGCUCUGCCUGGUUCUCAGCUGCAGGAGGAGUCAGAGACCGUUUCUGCACUAGCCUCUCUGACAGUAGAUGUGGAACAGCCAUUCGCUCAGGAAGAUGGCAGAGCUGCUGGUGAGCCCAUGGAAGAGGAACCAGCUCUGUGAAGUGCCAAGUCUCCCCCGAUAUUUCCUGUGUGUGACAUCAUUGUGUAUCCCCCCCAACCCCAGCACCCUCAGACAUGUCUGCUGCCUGGGUGGCAUGGUUUGAUGGAACAUAAACACUGGGCACAAAAUUCUGAACAGCAGCUUCACUUGUUCUUUGGAUGGACUUGAAAGGAUAUUACAGAUUCCUGAAAUGUAACCACUGUGAUUCUAAAGUUACAGUAACCAGGAUUGGAAGAAACUGCUUCCAGCACGCUUUUAUGCUGGUGACCCACUACCAGACACAGUGCGAGCUACAAACCUUCAGUACAGCACUAGAUGGUGUCCGUUUCAGAAGCUAUGACAGCCAGUGAAAUUUUGAGGCAAAACCUGAGACAUAUGCAUUCCUAACUUUAUGAUCAGUGUUUUCUUCUGUAGUUUACUGUAGGCUGGAUGUAAAUUGUUUACAGGGUUUCUUUUCAGGUAUGAGUGGAUGGGAAUUACAGACAGAUUGCUGUGGGGUUUAGGGAUUUUUAUUGUUGUUGUUGUUGAUUUUUGUCUUUGUUCUAACACAUUUCCAUCCUGGUAAGAGUUCAAGAUGGAGCUGGGAUGAUGCUUUGUUCUAAUAGAAAAAAGUAUCACAAUGUAUCUGAACGUCCAAAAGGAACUUGCACACUGUGCCUACAAUGUGCAAUGGUGCGGUAUUUUGCUGGACUUUUACAUCUGUUUCAAGUUCACACAGGAUAGGAACUUGCAGCUUUAGGUAAUGAGGUCUCUCCACCCCCACGGGACUAUCUUGAGGACAGGGACUGUGGAAGUGCAUCUCUUAGGAGAUGUGCAGUCUGUGAAAAGCACAUAACUUCUCAAGGAUUGUAACUUGCUCCAGAUCUAUUUAGCGCACUUUCUCUUACCUUUGGUUUUCUGUCCCACUGCUUCUUCCUUCUUUUAGAAAAAUCACCCACAACUUCUCUGACACCAGGAGGAUUUUAGUAUUUGAUUUAUAUUGUUUACUUUUCAGGUUAAUCCACUUUUGACAUUUGAUUCUGCCUUGAAACUAUUUUAGUGCAUAUGGUUUAAGCGAUGCCACUGGAUUUUCCAGAUCUUAGAAAUAUGUGGACGAAGAUGACAAUGAUCUGAAGUCCCUUUGAAUGGGACUAAGCUAGGAGUUGUGCCUUCACAUGAAAACUAACACAGAGCUUAGCCUUUGCACAGGUAGCCUUUCUAGCAAAGGUUCAAAAUAAAGAACAUUUAUUUCUGAGAUUAAAAACAGCUUAUUAAAUAAAAUAUAAGCAAGUUAGCCACUGCUUCUGAAAAUUGUAUUUCAGUGUAUAACUCAAACACCUAAAGACAACGAGGUAGAAUAUCUCACAUAUUUAAUAUCUGACAUCGCUUUUGAACAUUGAUGUUUCUUUUUAUAUAUUUUCCUAACUUAAAGGAUAUAUUAAAGCCAUAAGUGAAGAUUGUCAUGCUUUUAUUCAGAAAUCUGAAAGAAACCUUAAUUAAAACAAGGUUUUAGAGAAGGCCAAGAUAUGAAAGACACGGAACAAUGUGGUUUUAGUUAGAGAGGACUCCAACCUGUAAAUCAAAGAUGAAAGAUCUCACUCACGUAGAAUUACAUAACUCCCCUUUGUUAUACAGUCCGACCACAUUUUUCAUGCAUUUAGUUUUUUUAGGAUUAGCAUUUUAAUUUUAAAGACUUUUAUUGCAUAUACAAAAAAAUGGCUCAAGACUUGGUCUAACCUCUUAGAAAUUUAAGAUACCCUUUGAAAUAGGAAAUCUGAAAUGGAAUGUAAUUCAGUAUUAGGUUAAAAAUUACUUUUAUUGCAUAAGGGUUAAGUCAAUCUAGAUUCAUAAUUGUAAUAAACUUCUUUGUAAAUUCCAUUUUCUUGAUGUUUUAGAGAAAUUUAUGCCAAUUAUAUUUGCUAGCUCUUUCUUUCUUUUCUGUAAUUGAGGAAAUUAACUAAAAGAAAAUCAAAGGCUUUAAAGGAUUGCAAAAGACCUUCUCACUUUAAAAUGGGGAAAGUUAUCAUACUUGAAAAGUUUUAAAAUCAACUUCAGAAUUACACUUCCCCAUCUUUGCGAAUAUACAUUAGAUGUCGGAUAACGAGACAAAACAAGUCAACUAAUUCACUGAUGCUCCUGCGACCUGACCUCAGAAGGUGACUUGCCAGUCUGAUGAAGCUAGAUCACUAGGACAUCUCUGAGAUAGUUUGGAGUUAAUCAUACGCUUCCGCCCCACCAUAUGACAGCACACCUAAUUGAUCGCAAUACAAGUAUAGAAUCCUGGGAUAGGCAACUAAACCCUGGUGGGGAAUGAUCACAGCUGAACGUAGUCAUUAAGAGCUGAGGAGUGCUGCACCAUAUUCCCUGUACCCUUACAAGACGGAGUGUGGCCCCAAAGGGCAGAGAGUAUCGGCAUCUCUGCUGCAGCUGACCAUCAUUUUAAGCAAAUAGUUCAACUGCUAUAGUUUUCUUAAACUACACAUUUAGAUUGUAUUGUUCCCAGUGGUCCCCGGUGGAAGGCUAAUUGAGAAGCAUUAUGGCUCCUGGGUCUCAGUCUGACCCUUUGGAAGAUGACCCCACAAAUUCCCUCAUAGUCUAGCAUAACUCACACAUGUUGAAAAAAUAAUGAUUUUUUGAGAAACAUGAGUCAAAAAUGUUGAAUUUAAGUAAUAGAAACAAAUAGAAAUGUUGUGAUCAAUUUUGUUUUCUAUAUAAUUAAAUAUUUUAUUUUCAAUUGAAAUAAGCAACCCUGGUAAGGAGUGAGCAAGUAUGAACAUCAGUGAAAAUUUAGGCUUUACGCCGAGCGUUGGUGGCACACGCUUUUAAUACCAGCACUCACAAGGCAGAGGCAGAUGGACCUCUGUGAGUUCGAGACCAGCGUGGUCUGCCAAGUGAGUUCCAGGGCAGGUUCCAAAACAAUACAGAGAAACCCUGUCUUGAAAAACAAAACAAAAUAAAAUAAAAUAAAAAUAGAAGAAAGAAAAUUUAGGCUUUGUGGCUACUGACUGGCAAGUGAAAAAAUAUUAGAGAGGAAGUAUUUUAAAAUAUUUUAUCUUAUUUGUAAUAUCCAUACUGUAGACAGAAUUCAGAUUUUGGAAAUAAUAGACAUAUGUGCUUAAAAACUCCCACAACUGACGUUUCCAUCCACAGUACUAAGAACGGAAAUGGAGUUCUCAGUGUGACUGUGACCCACUAGGAAUAUUUUCAUUCAUCUAAGUAAAAAUACAGUGCCCUUGAAAAGGGGUAUUCCUACCACAAAAAUUUCAAAAAUAUGGGACUAGUCUCUCUCAAUAGGUGAGACUUGCUUUAUUUCUAAAGGUCAGUCAUGAAGCUUUGUGGAUUUACUGAUAUCUUUACAGACUCCAUAUGGGAGUAACUGAGAAUGGUCCUUAGAGUCAGCCAGAAGAAACUCCUCCUACUCAGCACUUUUAAGCUUUAUUCUUUUUAUUCCAGCACUUAUGAUUAAGGUGAUUUAUUUAAAUUUUUUUUACUAUUUCUCUCUUCAAAAUUUCUUCUCAUUUGUUUAAUAGAAAUAAGUGUUAAUAUUUAAUAGCCCAAAAAAGAAGCCAAAUUUUUCUUUCAUAAAAUGAUUCAUUCUGAGCUUGAAAUAUCCAGCAGUCUAAUUGUGAUUUGUCUUUUCUAAUCUUAACUGUUAUAAUAUUUAUUUCCUGUUUUUGGGAAUGAAAUCAUGUGUUGAGAGAGAGAGAGAGAGAGAGAGAGAGAGAGGGAGAGAGAGAGAGAGAGAGCACCCAAUGGCAUACCUUUUGUAUUGCUUCCAUAAAGACAACGUUCCAUAAAGAAAUGAAAGGCAGAUUAUCUGAGGCAGACAAAAAAAAAAGCUUUCUGUUAUCUGCAAAGAUGGCCAUUGCUAUGGCGACACUCUCAAUCGGCCUUUCUGUGUUCAUAUUAUAUAUACCCAAGACCAUAGAACUGCCAUUCUCUAGACCAGCCACAAACAUACUCCCUGUAGCAUCUACCUGGACUCAUGAAAUACAUAAAGAAAUGAGUGUGUCCAUUGUUAAUAAGUAUGUUGGCAGUAACUCCAUCAAACAAAUCUCAGACCAUUGAUAGGAGGCUAAUUGGACUUCAUCUCAAUCAUGAGGUAUUAGAGGAGUUAUAAUUUCUCAAACUGUCUUAGUCUCAAACUAGAACAGUUCACAAAUACAUAAUACACUGUACAGUGAUGAUAUUCUAACCAAUAGUUUCCUUGUCCCUCACUCUGCUGUUUCCCUUACUUGCCUGCCAAUACCAAAUUGACAUACCAAAACAAUCAGAAUAAUUUCUGAGUUCUCUCUACUUUGUUUCCUAAGCAGAAACUACCCUCCAAGUUUCUCUUCUGAGACCCCACUUGGCAUGUGUGUCUUCACACACUUCAUCUAAACCUAGUCUGUGUUUUACUUAUUCCUUAUCAAGAGAUAUCUGACUUAGCUAGCUUCACCUAAAAGAACCUAAGCUUGGGUUUAUUUUAUACUUAAGGCUUGCCACUUUCUUUUAUUAAUGUAGGGUUUUACUUUUGUGUGAAAUAUCUUCCACCACUUUUGCUAUUAUACAAUGGAGUAACACAGGGAAGAUUGUGCAAACCUCCAUGACCUUUAGAAGACACUUAUGUGAGAUAAACCAUGACUACCUGGAAGAGAAGCUAGAAGACUGUAUAUUUUGACUCUAAGAAUGUCUGACAUAUUAAAUAAGACAUGGAGUCCUUUUAAUUUUCUCGUUUUGUCUCUAAACAUAUGAAGGCAAUUACAAUGCCACAUGUAUGUGGUCAAUUGUUUGCAGGGAUGCUAUAAUCAGGCCCAUUGCCCUUUGAAGGAGAUGGCAUUUUUUAAACAAUGAUAAAGUUGUUGCUAUAGUGUCUGGGUUGAGCUCUUUAUUAAUUAACAUUUAGUAGAAAUGGGAUAACAAAAAUCACAAAAGAAUUAAAGGUUUUGUAAUCUGAAGAGAAAUUUUACUUCCAUGUUUUUGUAAAAGCUAUUUUCAGACAUGAAAAAGUUCCUUUUCUCUUGCUACAUUGUAAGAUCCUCAGACCAGACUCUUUUCUGAUGACUCUGCCAGUGCAGACUUUCACAGAAGCAGGGUGAGAUGAAAUUGUCCUUCCAGUGAUGGCUAAGCUUAGUGAAUGUGCUGUCAAAAAUGAGUGACCUUUUUGUUGGUAAUCUGAGUCAUUCAAAACAAACAUCCUGGUAUUUUAAAUCAAUUGGGCAGUUCAGGCAAUUUUUUAAAAAUUUAUGACUUUUUUUGGUUAAAUGCUAGACCAUGAUUAUUGGAGUGAGUGCAGAUAAUGUGGACUUUCUGGUUCAUGUGAUGUGGACUUGUUUUUUGUAUUGUGGUCUUGUAUCUACUACUAUAAUAAGAUCAGUUGGUUAUCCUCUGUGAUCAAGUAGUUUUGCCCUUAAUGUUUUUGGCCUUCAUCAAAAAUCUGUCAUCCAGAAAUGCUAAGAAAAUUAUACAUUGCCAAACAUAAAGUUGUUCUGUUGGUGGUGUGUUCCCAGAUGUGCAAGAUAAUUGCCUAAUAAAGGUUCAAUAUAUAACAACAGCACCAUUAUUGAACAUGCUUUCAGAAUGUUCACCUUCUUUCUGCUUCCUGUUCUUUUGGAUUUGGAAACACAAUGUCAUGCUCCAAAGUCCUGUUGAUGUUGUUAGUGUCACCACUGCUUAAAAAGAGUAACGAUGCCCUUUAUGUCUUGUGUUUUCUACUGAUUAGCUUUUCCUCUAGUCCUCUGUGAAUAAAAGCUAUUUGAAAUAAA